AUGUCUAAGACAAGAAAAGUGUAUACAGUUUUGAAAGUUUUUAUUUUUUUCCUACACGUAUCAAGUUUCGUGGAAUCAAUUCCUCAAAUUGAAAAUGGUGAACCUGGUCAUAUUCCAGAUCUUCCUAGGUGUCCCGAUCUAAAUUGUCACGAAAGGCAAUAUUCAGACUAUGAAAAUUGCAUAUGCGUUUGUGAAGACCAAGAAUGUCUACCUGGAUAUAACUGGAGUAUUUAUCGUUGCAAAUGCGAAUGUGAAGAACAAGAUUGCCCACCUGAUUACUACUGGAACGAAGAAUAUUGCGAAUGCGCUUGUAAAGAACGAGAUUGUAUGAGAUAUUCAUUUUUGAACUACGACCUUUGCGAAUGCGUUUGUGAAGAACAGUCAUGUGAACCUGGAUAUUACUUGGACCGAGUAAAUUGCAUAUGCGUUUGUGAAGAACAGCCAUGUGAACCUGGAUAUUACUGGGACCAAGAUCGUUGUGGAUGCAAAAGUGUAUGCUCUGCCAACUAUAUCUGGAAUGGAGAGCUUUGUGUAGAGCUCAUAUGUGAAGAGCGGAGUUGCCCUCGUCCUAAAUGUUGGGAUCAUAAGCUUUGUGACUGCGCUUGUUGUAAAAGUCCACCAGAAAUCGUAUGCGCUCCUGGGGAAGAUUGGAAUGAUGAUCUCUGUACAUGUGAACCAUGUGAUUAUGAGUGUCCUGAUGGAAAAAUUUGGGAUUAUGAAGAAUAUGGAUGCGUUUGCUCAGAGAUUGAGAGUUGUCGUGAUGAUCAAAAAUGGGAUCAUAAACUUUGUGAAUGCGUUUGCAAAGAAAUCGAAGAAUGUCCCGAUGGAAAGAUUUGGGAUCACAAACGUUGUGAAUGUCGUUGUGCAUUCGUGAAACUAUGUCCCGAUGGAAAGAGUUGGAGUGACGAACUUUGUGAUUGCGUUUGUGCACGCAUUGAAGAAUGUCCCUGUGGAAAAGUUUGGGAUCAAAAACUUUGUGAAUGUGUUUGUACACGCAAGAUGAAAUGUCCCAACGGAACGACUUGGAAUAAGAAGUCUUGUAAAUGCGAUUGCACAGAAAUUGAAGAAUGUUCUGAUGGAAAGACAUGGGAUGCAGAGCAUUGUGAAUGCAUUUGCCCACAAAGAGAAGCGUGUUCACCUAUGCAAAUUUGGAAUGCAGAACGUUGUGAAUGCAUUUGCGCACAAUUAAAAGGAUGUUCACCUAUGCAUACUAAUUGGGAUGCAGAACAUUGUAAAUGCCGUUGCCCACGAGAAUAUCCAUGUUCUCCAUGGGAAUAUUGGAAUGAAUCUUUUUGUCGCUGUUUCCCUGGAGGAAAUCCUGGUAGGCCAACAUAA